GUUGGCGACACCUCCAUCUCCAGCGAGUCUCAGCAUUUGUCAAGAUCUGUACCUCCCACGAUACGUCGUCUUUCGGCGCAAAGUCGAUAUCUUUGCACCGACCUUGAGCGGGAAGAGGGUACGAACAUAGACCGUUCGCUGCUGUAACUUUGAGCCGAAACUCCAGGUCGAUAUACGUUGUUCAGGGGCUGUUGUCACAACGACAUUCAAGCCCAAGCAAUCAACACCCAACUUGCUCUUCCACUGGCCAUUUUGAACUGUUGACGUAACUCAGGCAUACGAAUCUGCUCUAUCAUCUCUCAUCAACUUCAGCGCAACACCAACGGAAUGUCCACCUUGACUAUCGAACGAGCCGAACAACUGAUCCGAAGUCUCACUGAAGGACUGGUCAACAUCAAAGAUGAGACGGGAGAGUUCCUCAUGACCAUCCCUGAUGGUACCGUCAUCGAUACGAAAGGGUUCGGAGGAUGGGAGUGGACCCACGGAAUCGCCCUUACAGGACUGUAUCAUCACGCUGCCUUGACACCCUCGUCAUCCGCAGCGAGCUACUCCCUGCAGACCGCCCUCUCAUGGUUCCGCCUGCAAAACGAUGUGUGGAAGGGCAAAGGCGCUCCCAAGAACAUCAACACCAUGUCCCCCUUUUACAGUCUGGCGUGCAUCGUCUCGGACAACCUCGUCGUCGAUGAGCAAGGCAAGGAGAAGGUCGAGGAGAAGAAGCUGUGGGUGAAGUGGUUGGACGAGUGGGCAGAGUGGAUCAUGAACGAGUUGCCCAGGACGGAAGAGGGAGGAUUCCAGCAUAUCACGUACCUCGAGGUCAACAAGGACCAACUUUGGGACGAUACCCUGAUGAUGUCCGUCAUCCCGUUGGCGAAGAUUGGGAUCUUGUUCGAUCGGCCCCAGUACAUUGAGGAAGCAAAAUACCAGUUCAUGCUUCACAUCCAGUAUCUUAUGGACACGGUCACCGGUCUCUGGUUCCACGGUUGGGAAUUCACCCCGGAAAAGGUCACCGUCGGUCACAACUUUGCCAAGGCGCUCUGGGCCCGAGGUAACUGCUGGAUCACCAUCUCAAUCCCCCUCUUCAUCGAGCUGUUGGCGGAAGAUGCCAAGAAGCACGACCGCACGUUCGGCGAGCAAGAUCCGCUGAGGAGGUUCUUGGUCAGCACGUUCAAGAAACAAGUCGACGCGCUGUUAAGGGUGCAGGAAAGGGAGUCGGGCAUGUGGAACACGUUGUUGGUCGACCGGGAGAGCUACGUGGAGACGAGCGCUACGGCCGGGUUUGCUGCAGGGAUCUACAUGGGGUUGAGAUUGGGUCUGAUUCAAGGCGAAAAGUACUUGCAAUGUGCCGAUGCCGCAUUACAGGGAGUGAUCAACAACAUCCGCCCUGACGGUCAACUCGACAAUGUCUCCUUCGGGACCGGCAUGGGUCAUGAUGAGGAGCAUUACCGAAAGAUUCCUAUCACGCCCAUGCCUUAUGGUCCGGCGCUCGCUUCGUUGGCUCUGAUCGAGUGGGAGCGAUGGCAGAUCGAGCACAACAAGGCUUGAGUAGACGUCUUGCACGAGAGUCCGCCAAGUCGAAAAGAAAAGGAAUCGAGAUCGCUCUUUGAACUGAGGCAUGACUUGUAUAGAAUUGGUCAAAUCACUUGUAACAUCUGGA